AUGAUCCAGAACCAGUCAAUAACUGAGCCAGCAACCAAGAACACAGCCAUCCCAACUGUAGACAUUUUGGCUUCUGAAGAUGACACUGAUUUAGGAGUGAGGAUCAUGAUUAGGGAUGUAAUUUCAUCUGGUUUUAUCAAUAUUGGUUCAUCUCAUAUCCUAUUUUUAACUGGUGAUAAUUAUUCGGAUUGGAAGGAGAAAAUACUUCUAACAUUGGGGUGUAUGGACAUUGAUUUGGCAGUUUGUGUGGAUGAACCACCCAUCCCCACGGAAUCAAGUACGCCAAGUGAAAAGGUUUCUUAUAAGAGGUGGGAGCGAUCAAAUCGCUUAAGUAUGUGUCUCAUUAAAAGUCAUGUUGGGAAAAACAUAACGAGUUCAAUUCCUGAAUGUACUAAGGUAAAAGAAUAUAUGACAGCAAUUGAACAACAGUUUAUAAGUUCUGAUAAAGCAUUGGCUAGCACCCUAAUGACCAAAUUAUCAUCAAUGAAGCAUAUGGGUGAUAAAGAGGUCCGUGAACAUAUUAUGGAAAUGAGAGAUAUAGCUGCCCAAAUGAACUCAUUGGAGUUUACCUUUUCAGAGACAAACCUUGUCCAAUUUAUACUCAACUCCCUGCUUGCUGAAUUUGGGCCAUUCAAGAUUUCUUAUAACACACAUAAAGAAAAAUGGUCAGUUAAUGAAUUGUUUACCAUGUGUGUUCAAGAGGAAGGGAGAUUGAAUCAGGAAAAGCUAGAAAGUGCUUAUCUAGUGACUCAUAGAAAUGGACAUAUCAAAAAGGGUGUGCAAUUUAAGAAGAAAGGGAAUGCAUCAACUAGCAAAGUUGACGAUAAGGGUAUCAUCAAAUGCUUCUUCUGCAAAAAGAAAGGGCACAUGAAAAGGAAUGUCUUAAGUAUAAGGCUUGACUGCUUAAAAUGGGGUUCAAUCAACCUAAGGAGACCGACGAAAAGUGAACGUUUCAUCUAUUCGGGAAACAAGAUGAGUUCACAUGUAGAGGUGGUUGGAACUUACAGACUCACAUUACCAUCUGACUUUAUAUUAGAACUUGAAAGAUCUUUUUAUAUUCCAACUUUAUAA